CAAAUCGUGUACGUCAAGCGAGGAACCAGGUAGCCACACAAAGCAAGCAAACGAGCGACGCCCACCAAAAGACAACUUCGUCUUCGCUAAACUCCAAAAGACUCAUCAAAGCGAAGCCACCACCAAAUACUCGCCGAGUCGACGUGUUCAACGCCGUCGCCACUAUAAAUCUCCUCCCAAUUUUAAAUACCAAGAAAAAUCAGUACACUUCUUCGUAUUCUCUCUCAAUCUCUCUUCAGCCAAGAAAAUGGGUGGACCGAUCGUGUUGACUCAGUUGGCCACGGGUCUAAGCAUGCUUGCCGGAGCGGCGCUCGUAAAAUCGGUCAUGGACCAGAAGCCCAUGGCCGGCCAGUUCCCUCGGUGCCCUAGUUGUAAUGGCACGGGUCGGGUUACGUGCCUGUGUAAUCGUUGGUCUGAUGGAGAUGCUGGUUGCGGGACCUGCGCCGGGUCGGGUCGUAUGUCGUGCAACAGCUGUGGCGGGUCUGGAACCGGUCGACCUCUCCCUGUUCGGCUCUCUGUCCGUCCACCGAACCGCCCGUCUUAACUGAAUUGAACGGGUCUUUGCCGCCGGAGGAGUUCAUCUGGGUACCGUUCCUCUCAUACUUUUUAGAUAUAUAUUCUUUUAGAAAUUCAACUAUGUACUAUAGAUAGAGAGAUGGAAGAUUACAGGAUUGUAAUCUAAAAUAUCUGUGUAACCAUUUGAUACUGUUUAAGAAUUCGUAUAAAAUUUAUUGAGUUUAUGGUAUAAUUUACGUUUUGGGUCUACUUAUGGGAUCUUCAUUCUUCAUGUUUGGUAUCUAUACUGUAGAUUGAACUGAAUCAGAUUCAGUCUGUUGUCCUUGUAGCUAAUGGUACUUUGAAUUACGUUUGUGAUUUUUUGUUUGUUUGUUGAAAUGAA